CACCACCCUUGACUACCCUGAAACUAAUUGUGCAAAUAUUCGUUCGGUGCUUAACGGGGAGAGGCAAAGUGGCUACAAACUUUAUUGACUUGGUGCUUAACCCCACACUUGGGGGAGUUUUAGGCUCAAUUGCUAAUGUUGAAGUCGUGCCUAUUAUAAACCUUUUUGAAUCCCUAUUAGUUCAUCCUUUGUCCACCCAAACGAAACCUCUUGAUGAAGGUCAGGAUUUCAUGACUAAACAACCAUCCAAUUCUGUUGGAAUAGAAGAGGAGGACGAACCUGUUGAAGACUUCUCUUCCAUAACAGAGCUA